AUGCUUUCCCACACUGAGUAUGGUAUGUGCAGAGGCUACUCCAAAAGCCCUAUUGAGCUUAAUGAACAUGAGGGGACUGACUCUUUACCAUUUAAAGAGUCAUUUACAGGGCACCCUAAAAGACCAACCUCAGAUGCAGUGCAAUUUGGAAAUGGAGGAGCUUCAAGCUCUAUGCCAUCCCAUGUGAAUAAGGGAUUGGAACCAUUGAAAUCCCAAGUGGAAAAUGAAAAACUACAUCUGCAACUGCAAGUUGAGACUUCAGAUAUAAUCAUUGGGAUCAUAGCUAUGAUUAAAUACAGCUCCCCAUCAUGUUCUGGGAAAUUGAAGAGGCAUUCAGCUGAUAGUCAAAUGACUGAGAACUGUACAGAGAUGCACCAGGCUUCGAAACAGAAAUGCAAAGGAGUGGCCAUGGAGAAUUCAAGCAAUACAAUUGCUGAUAAUGAAGGUGCACCAGGAACAAAGCAUUCACUGCCACCAUUCCCAACUGAUCUCGAAAGCGAGUCGAUUAAAGUUCAUGUUGGUGGGGAAGAAGAAACUGAUGAUUUUCAGGCUAUUGCUCAUACUUCAGUUGAAGACUACCUGAAUUCUCUAGGGCAUUCAAAAAGUUGGGUUACCGACGACUUCCCGGAACUUGGUGGUUGUUAUAUGAAAUUUGGGAAUUUAGAGGACCCUGCAGCCACAUUUCUGGAUCUUGAUUACAAUGAGAUGAGCAAUGAAGACGAGGAUGUGGUGGCCGGAAAAACUCCCUAA